AUGUAUGUACAAACGAAGGGUGCGUUACGCAGGUGUCCUCCCUGGAAGCGCCGAGGCGACCCCACGCGGCGGGCCCCGCUCGGCUCGAGCUCGAGCGCCGCAGCCUCGACCUCGAGCGCGAGCUGCGCGCCGAGCGUGACUCGGACGCCUCGCUCGACGACCGCGACCACCUCGUCUGAUGGCCCCCUCGCCACGCCCCCCGGCCCGCAGACGCCCCCCGGCCCGCCGACGCCCCCCGAGCCGCCGACGCCCCCCGCUGCGCCGCCUACGCCCUCCAGCCCGCCGUUGCCCCUCGCCGCCGCCCCCUGGCUUCACACGCCCUGGUGCGCGUCCGUAUGCUGCGCGCUGCGGCUG